CGUUCUGAUGACUCCGCAUUGUCUCCUUCUCGUGGGUCGCAUUACGACACAUCGGUGCGACCGUACUUGACAAAUUCCCACCCCGAAUGCAAAAGCGCUUCUUCUCAGAAGUGCAGCCGAGCAAACGCAGGGUCACGCCACACUGCGCAUCAGAAGGAACACACUUCGUUUUCUCGUCAGUCAACACACACUUAUUCGUGGUCACCUUGAGGGAACACCUUGCUCGAAUUAGUGGAAAUAUCAACCUCACAAGAUGUAAACUGGGUGGGGAAGUUAAUGUUCAACUUAGUCAGCGUUCUGGUGGCUCAAAGCCAGAGAGGAAGUCCAAGUCUGUCCAAACGUCCAAAAGGCACACACCCUCAAGGCGUUGAUUUUUAAUUGAAUCGCUCUGGCGACAGUUGGAUUGGAGCACAUUAUUAUAAUUUAUUUGUUUGUUUGUUUUUGUGGCCCCAAAGUCAAACUUUAAGGCUAAAGAGUCCCAAACGUAACUUUAUUUAUGCUCAGCUAAGACAAAGCGCAUUCACACCGCUAAUGAAAGUACACUAUUUGAGCUCACUCUGCUCAUAUUUCAUCCUAAAAAUAUAAUAUAAAUAUUUUUUUUAAAAAAUGUUACAGACACAAUACUGAAAGAAGACACAUCAGCGGUCACAUUAUUAGGUACACCAGCAAGCGCAACGAUUGUGCCUUUACAAAGAUGAUAAUGCUCACUAAUUAGUUGCAUUAAUUAAUAAUUACAAAUACAUCAUUCAUUUAAAAAUAAUUGUGUUGCCGCAUGCUAGCCUUGUUUGCGGGAUGUGUUGCAGCGUGUUUGUCGAGUGCGUUACCGCACGUCGACCACGUUUGCGACCAUGAGUGUGUUGCCGCAUGGCUGCGAUGUUGACGGAGCAGAGUGAACCGCUGGCGUUCCUGUCGACUAGCCCUCAAGCUCUGCUGCCAAACGGCGAACAUCUGUGAGUCAUUGACGCCCCCUGUAAAAGAGUUUGUAAUUGCCUGUAGCUGCCGCAAAAUGGCGGCAAAGGACUAGAUUCGUCUCCGUGAGGCUCCUCAACCCACCUCAAAUUGUUUCCUUUGCACCAAUUUCACUGAUUGCAUUUUUUGUAAUUACCAAUUACGUACAUGACUUCAUUGUAGCUUUCACUCCAUAAACAUUUUUUCCCCACAAUUGUGACACACACACAUACCCUGUUUAUACCAUACAUAUACGUACUCUGUUCGUGUGUGAGGUGCCAAAACCUGUUCAAAUUCCAAUGUAUUGGAAUUAACUUUCCUCAUAAUCGACAUGACAGGCCGAGAUUCACCACUUAAUCGUUAUCUUCAACUCAAAAGCUGUGCUGAUCUCAAAUCCAAACCAAUGUCGCCAUCUACUGGCAUCUGUUUAUCAUUACAGUUACGUGGAAGCUUGAAUUUCACAGACAAGCUGAGCGAGACGCUCUUCCACACCUACCCGUUGAAAACAUACUUGACAGAUAUAUUGUCGCUGUCGCCAGGCGCGGCUUCAUCAUGGGCGUGUGGAACUCACACACGUCGGUUGGCAACAUCCUGGGCUCGCUCAUCGCCGGCGUGUUCGUCUCGUCGGCGUGGGGCCUGUCCUUCAUCGUGCCGGGCCUCAUCAUCGCCGCCACGGGCGUCCUGUGCUUCUUCUUCCUGGUCGAGAAACCCGAAGACGUCAACUGCAGUCCUCCUCAGCAUCAUAAUGACUUGGAAAGUGGUGAGACAGAGCCUCUCCUGCAGAGUCCUUCCCAUGUGGUCAACGGUUCCAUCGACGCCGAGACGCCGGAGAUCGCCGCUGGGCACUCGGAGGCCAUCAGCUUCUGGGGAGCGCUCAGUAUACCCGGAGUGGUGGAGUUUUCGCUGUGUUUGCUCUUUGCCAAGCUGGUCAGCUACACGUUCCUCUACUGGCUUCCGCUCUACAUCUCCAACGUCGGGUUACAGUGUUGCAGCAUGUCAGCCAUCGUAUUGUGUGUGUUUGACCUACAUCAGGCGGCAUCAUGGCGGGCCUCGUGUCCGACUACACGGGUGGGAGAGCCACCACGUGUUGUGUCAUGCUGCUCGCCGCCGCGCCCAUGCUUUUCCUCUACAACCACAUCGGACAACGCAGCAUUGGCACAACAAUUGGCAUGCUCUUGGUUUGUGGCGGCCUGGUCAAUGGGCCCUACGCCCUCAUCACCACUGCAGUUUCUGCCGACCUGGGCACACACGAGAGUCUGAGAGGAAACUCCAGGGCGUUGUCCACAGUGACGGCCAUCAUCGACGGGACAGGAUCAGUGGGGGCUGCGUUGGGCCCUCUCUUCGCCGGGGUGAUUUCGCCAUCGGGCUGGAACAACGUCUUCUACAUGCUCAUCUCUGCCGACGUGCUUGCCUGUCUGUUUUUGUCCAGGCUGGUUUACAAGGAAGCUCAAGGUUGGUGUGGACGAAUCCCCCGAGUCAGAGGGUACAAGGAAACUUGAAAGGAGGCACCGCGAUGAUGACGACGAUGAAGACAACCGCCACCACGCCUCAACACGUGACACCUUCACCAUCUUUGACUGACUGCAGCGCAAUCGAAGCACUCAAGUGAUCACCCGAGCCUUUCGAUUUAUCGUAAAGCGGAGAACUGCAGCGUCUCUGUCGAGACGCUUCUCUUUUUAAAUGACCAACGACACACUCUGCCGUGCUUAUUUGAAUAUCCUUUUAUCAUUAAAGUGUACAUACAUUACA